AUUAUACUACUCACAAUUUUUAGUAAGGCGCGAAAGAAGCUAGAGAUCUGAAAAAACAAAAUGGAUUUUUCACUUAAAAACUCGUUGAUUACAGUAAUAUGUCUUGCAGUACUGGUGCAGUUUGUGAGAGGCGGGUGCCGAGAACAAAUAAUGCAAGACGCAAAUGCUUUACAAUGUUUCAUGAACAUAGGAACAUACAUGACUGAGGCCGGAACUGGCGGUCCAAAUAUAAGUAGUGUUGACGGCAUAGCGCAGUUAAUAUGCAGUCCUAAAGGGAAGGAAGCCUUUGGUUGUGUUUUAAAAUACGUGAAGCAAUGUCCGGAAUUUUUGACAUCUGCUGGGGCUACCGGAAAUCCUUUGGGCGUUUUGGGAGAGAUACCCGGGUUUGAUGUACAGUCGUUUCUCAGUGAUGGAUUCGAUGGCUUCUGUUCGAUGAUAUCUGGGCCAUGCAGCGCUGUAUCAAAAUGUUUUGCAGCACCUCAGACCGGAAAUACUAGAGGGAUUGUAAAACGAGGUGUUCCAAAUUCAAAUAACUAUUACCUGACUUUCCAGGAAAGCGCCGUAUUGGCAUGCGGCUCUAUGAGAGAGCAGAUGACGUGUAUGUUAAAUGCUUUGGAAGCAUGUCCGAAAUCAUAUGUAGAUAAAGCACAGGAACAGAUUGAGAACGCUCUGAAGGCGAGUAUGUCGAGCCCAUAUGGCGCGGUCACAUUCGAAGAUGCAAAAGGUUUUAUCAUGAACGAAUGUCCCAAAAUGCCAAAAGAUUUUUCAGCAGACACAUGUGUAAAGGAUGUAUUCGUUUCCAAAGAAUUUGUGGAUUGUAACGGAGAAGCUGCUGCAAAAUACGCCGAGACCAGAACAUGCAAGGUAUAUGAUCUCAGUAAAGACUGCGUCACUGCAACAGUGCAACCGAAAUGUGGAAAAGAAAUGGCGGAUUUUUUGGUUCGCAACACACACAUGAUAUUUCCCGGAAUCCCAGAUAAUUUGCGGAAAUAAAAGGAAACUCAGGAAGCGUGAUUUCGACGUCAUUCGGACUACUACUGUUUAUAUCGUCUCUGUUUUACAUAUUGUAACAAUUUAAAAAAAAAACAACCAAACAACAAAAACAUCGUAACAAAAUUGUAAAUAUUUACUCAUAGAAUGUUAACGACCACAAGAUGUCAUACGAGGGAUGAUAAAAAAUUAACCGGACUUUGUAGAUGAUUCUUCGGAAUCUAUCCCCUAAAUGAUACAAAAAAUAACAACAAGAAAUAUUAACAAAUAAAAAAGUUAUGCUGUUUUUUCCAUGUACAUGUAAAGCAAUGCGGCGCACGUUUUCACUUUAAAAUCGACGUUAACGACGUCACAAGCAUAUUGUCUUUUGCGGCGCAGCUUUUUACUCAUUCUCGAAGAAGGCCAAUACAUGCUUCACAUGUUGUUGAUAGCGGCAGAUCCACUGCCUUUAUAUAUCUCUUUAUAAGUCGGUAUCAUAUUGUAUUGAUGUUAAAGAGCUCCUGUAAUGACAAGAAAAUCCGUUCUUUCAUUCUGUAACUUGAUUGCUGGACAGAUCGCACAUUCAAUGAACUAUAUUAUGUAUUGCAUUUAUUUCAUGUGGCUGAAUGAUAAUGUAUCAUACAUACGAUAAAAUUAAAGAAUAAUACAACUAAAAACAAUAUUGUCGUUAUUUUUAAAUAAAUAAAACGCAUGGCCGAUUUAGAACCGUGACUGCUAAAUUGUUGGCACAUUUUCUCGAUAAGACUACAAUGAAAAAUAAUAGAAUUAUUAAUUCAACUGUAAACUAAGAAUGUUAUAUAUGUAAUUAAUGCAUUAACAUUUAAAAAAAAUAUCCUAAGUUAGAGUUGACAUAACCGUCCCGUAACUACCCUCGAACAUCGUUGACAAUGUCCGCAGUCAAUUAACUGUCAUUUUUCAACGUCCCGGCAAAUGACGUGACUAACGUUCUUGAAAAUUUCUUCUUUCUGUCUCACCCUUACUUGUUUUCCAUUUCUACAUUACCCUUUCUUAUUGUUAAUGCUAUUCAAAAACUAUGUUGUGGCUUUCUGCAACUUUUCCCUUGAUAGCUAUAAUCUUUUUCUAUGUUAAAAACAGUUUCUCGCCUUACUUUUGACAAACUGUUCUUAUUGACCGAUUUUCGAAACGUUCCGACGACGUAGUUUUAGUUAACAAGUGACGUUUGAAUUGUGAUUGCAAAUAUAAAUAUGGUUUAAAUGAAAUCAUUUUUCUGACAACUUCAAGGAUAUAGCUCAUGAAGUUUUUGCGUAUUUUUGAAAUCUAAAUGUGAUAAAUUGUAAAAUAUACGCAUCAUAAAGCGCCCGAUGUAAGCGUAAAUUUAUGCACUGCGCCGGAUGUGCGUUACCAUGGUUUUUAAAUACGCUGUUACGGACAAGCUAUUUGCGUUAUCAUAUUAGAUAUAGCAUCAGUUUCGAGUAUUGUUUUCCGAUUAAGUGUGAUAUAUCACAAUAAAUGAUAGGUUGAAAAUUCUUGAAUUGACAGUCCAAGUCCAGUUUAUUUUUGAUCUUCCCUCGUAUAUAGGACACUAGUAUAAAACCGUCGGACCAGCCUGAAAAUUCAGACAGUCGGAACAGUACCUUUGUUGUCGGCUUCUCGGCGGCUUAAUUCUAACAAUUUUAUAUUAAAAUUUCUACAUUUAUAAUUUACAAAAUUCAGUGGAGUAAAUGUAUGACUUGAUGUUGUGACAUAAGUAAAUGAAGACCUGAAACUACUUCCAGUAGAAUUCUUCUGUUCAUUAGCUACGGUAUUAUAGCAUAUAUACGUUACUUUUUUAUCACUAAUUAACAGAACUAUUGUACUGUAUGUUUUCUAUAUUGUUGCAGUGCACCUUAGCUUAAUUAUGAAAAGUAUUGUUAACACAGUCAUGUUUAAUAUAUGUUUUCCUGAUUAAUGUAAUAUAAAAACGGUCAAAAUACUGUAAACAAAGUAUCAAAAAACUGUAAACAAAGUACCAAAAUGCUGUAAACAAAGCUGCACAGGGGUAUUUAAAACCAUGACUUUAUAUUACACUGAUAUACAUGACUAGUUUCUAGUACAGAGUAGAUGUUUUGUAAUUCACAGAUUAUUAUAUUGAUGUUACGUCAUUUAGCUUCAUAUUCAGCAUUUUAUUAUAAAGUGUUAUACUAAUA